AUGACUACUACUGAAUCUAUUGCCAGUGAUAUCGAAAAAGGAGGAAUCACCUCUCACCAUGAAAAUUUGGACCCAGUGGCCCUUACUGAAGAACUUGAUCCUGAACAUCACAAAUAUCUCAUUCUGAGACAUGGGUCGGUUCAGUUAGACCCACUUCCAUCUGCUGAUCCAGAAGACCCCCUCAACUGGCCAGACUGGCAAAAGAACUAUGAAAUUUUAUUAAUUGCUUUCGGUACUUUUUCAUCAACUUUCAUGGCUGCUGGUUUGACUCCUGCCUUUGAAACAAUGGCUGAAGAGUAUGGUGUUGAUCUUCCAACUGCUGCUUAUUUCACUUCUGCUCAAAUUGCUGUUUUCGGAGUGUUGCCCUUGUUUUGGGUUCCCUUGAUGAAUGCUUAUGGUAGAAAGCCAUUCUUGACUGUGGCUGCUUUAGCUUGUUGUAUUUUGAAUAUUGGCGGUGGGUUUGCCAAGACAUAUGGUCAACAAAUGGCUACUAGAGUGUUGGUUGCUGUUUUUGUUUCUGCUGUUACGGCCGCUGGUUCUUCCGUUGUUGGUGAUUUAGCUUUUGCCCAUGAAAGAGGUAAGAAGAAUGGUUGGUGGUCCUUAGCGUUGCUUAUUGGAACUCCGGGAGGUCCUUUUUUCACUGGGUUCAUUCAGCAACAUGCUGGGACCAAAUGGAUCUUCUUUGUAUUUGCUAUUAUGAACUUUAUCCAAUUUGUUUUGUGGAUAUUUGCAAGGGAGACCAUUUACACGAGAGCCAGUCCAGAAUACUAUUCCCAAGGCUUGCUCAAAGUUGUUGGUAUUAGAAAAUCUUCUUCGAGACCAUUCUCCUGGAAGAUGUUCUUCAGACCAUUGAAACAAGCUGCUAAUUUAAACAUUACCAUUGCUGUCAUUGCCGCUUCGGUUACUUUUUGCUACGCAAACAUUGUUUUGGUGGUGGAAAUGCCACAAGUUAUGGUACCAUUAUUUCACCUCGACGCUCAGCAGAUGUCUUUACAGUACAUUUCAAUUAUUAUUGGCUCCAUCAUUGGUGAAGUUCUUGCUGGACCGCUUUCUGAUUGGUGGAUGAGGAGAAGCACUGCAAAAAGAAAUGGUCAAAGAGUUAUUGCUGACAGAUUAUGGGUUUGUUACAAUGGUUACAUCUUGGUUAUUGUUGGCUUGCUUGUGUGGGGUAUCUAUUUAUUUAAAGCUACACCAGGUCACUGGUCCAUUAAACCCUUGGUUGGUGCUGCUAUCGCCGCUGCUGGUAAUAAUAUUGUUGCAACUGUUGUUACCACUUUUGCAAUCGAUAAUGCUCCACACAAGGCUGGUGAUGUUGGUUUAUACAUCAACUUUGUCAGAUCCCUUUUCGGUUUCUUGGGACCAUUUUACUUUCCAGAUAUGUUUGAAAACCUCAACUUUGCCGGGUCUGCUGGUUUAAUGUGUGGUCUUGUGCUUUUGUUUGCUUGGGUGCCAACUGUUGUAGUUCAUUUCAUUGGUGCUAGACGUGCCAUCAAAGCAUAA